GGUGGAGAUAAAUUAAUGAUUUCACUAAACAAGGGUUUGAGAGAGAAUGAGAGAGUUAGAGAGAGACAGUGCUAGGGUUAGGGCAAGGCUUCCGACAGCCAAGGACAGUGGUAGUGGGAUCAGGAGGCAGCUUCCACGGUAUGGCAAGCAGUAUCUUGGGCAGGCAACUUCGUAUUUUUUCUAUGAUUUUCCAGCGGAUCAGUCAGCAAAGGAUUUGUGGUAUUGUUUCUGGUCAUUUGGGAAGGUGGCCGAUGUGUAUAUUCCAGCGAAGCGUGACAGAAGAGGCCGCCGGUUUGGUUUCGUUCGUAUGUUGAAUGUCUCAAAUGUUAGGGAGAUGGAAAGGAAAUUGAACCAGAUUAAGAUACACUCUUAUCAUCUCAAGGUGAAGCUCGCUGAGAAUAUGAAAAAAGGAAGGGAGGGGACUUUGUUGGGUAAUCACAAGCAAUUGGAGAAACAAUGGAUUAGAAGAGACAGUAAGGUGACUCCAGGGAAAACUUAUGCUCAGGUCGUUGCUGGAGAUAUGGGCUCACUUGAGCAAGGGCAAUCAUCCAAUAAUGGAGUACAGCAAGGUGUUGCAAAGAAAGGAAACGAGGCUAUGGAGGAUGCGGGGGAGGAGGAAUUGAAGGUGACGCCGGAGAUAUCACAGGAGAAGGCUUCUGGGCCAGAAACGGUGCAGGUGUUAAACUUUAUCCCUAAGAAUGAGGAAGUGGCAUGGCUGAAACGCAGUAUGGUGGCGGAGGUGCGAUCUUUGGAUUUGGUGAAGCGAAUCCAAAAUAGCUUGGAUGUGGAGGGAGUACUGGUGAGUGUUGCUUUGCUUGGUGGUCGACAAAUCAUUUUGGUGGAUAAUUCGGAAGGUGGCUUGGAGGAGUUCCUUAACAGAAGUAAAGAUUUGGUUGAAUUGUGGUUUGAGUGGAUAAAGCCAUGUUCUUUAUCCACAGUUUCUUCAUUGUGUAGAUUGGUAUGGCUUCGGCUUAAUGGUGUUCCGUUGAAGGCAUGGAGCGAGAGAUGCUUCACUGAAUUAGGGAACAUAAUUGGAGAGGUGAUUCUUGUUGAUGAGGAUACAAGGAGUAAAUCGUUUUUAUGCGAAGGAAGGGUGUUGAUUUUGAGUGCAGAAAAGAGGAAAAUAUCAACAACCAUUUGUUUGCGAGUUGAUGGCGAGGAUUUCCCAAUAGCAGUGUCAGAAGAGGAGUGGAGGAUGGAUCCGGAUUGGUGGUUGGCCGGAGAACGUCGAAAUCCGGCCACUCAACCCAGUUCGGAAUAUUCCAGCAGCGAUGAUGAAGAAGGUGAUGACGGUUACAGUGAUUUGAAUUUGAACUUCAAUGGAAACGGAUUUCUGUGCGGAGAUGGCGGUGAGUUGGCCGAAGAUCAUGCUGUAACGGAUUUGGUUUUAUACAAAGAGUUGAGUAGACAAGCAGAAUUGCAGGGAGAAGAAGUGGCUGGGUUUGUUGGCCGGAAUGGGCUUGACGAAAUUGGGCUGGAUAAGGGGAACCAGGUUGGGCCGGGAGUUGUUGGAAAUGGAAUUGGGCUGGAGGAAGCACAGCCUGGUUGUGGGUCCAUCUUUAAAUCCCAAGCAUCUUCGACACAGCUGCAGCAGAUGGCGUUGACGGGGAAAAAACGCAGGACCCUGAGGGAAAUUUAUGCAGGGGGGGCUGGAGCGGAUGAAACGAUGCAAAGGGGCGCGAGUUGGAUUACGGCCCGAACAAAGAGUAGAAGGGACAGGAGGAUGAUAGAAGCGCCAGAAGAGGAGAGGCCGAAUCUGCAGCAGGAAAGUUGCUCUGUGUCGGACGGAUGCAUUCAGCACAGAAAUGGGAUUAUUCGGCGUCAAUUGGAGACAAAAGAGGUGAGGGAAAUAUUUGAGUUGGGGCAAAGGUUGGGGAUUCAGUGCCAACACAACGAUGAAGAGGUGAUCUCUCGGCUGGCAGCUUUGGAGGCGAGGGACGAGAUUAAUUCCAGGGGGGCCUGAAGCUUGGGUGCUGGCAGAAUGGAGGUUUGUGAGGUCUAGUUUUUUAUUUAUGAAAGUAAUUUCGUUUAAUGUUAGAGGGUUGGGUAGUAUGUUAAAGAGAAAGGAGAUUGCCAAGUUAGUUAGAAAGGAGAGGCCAGAUUUCCUAUUUAUUCAAGAAACUAAAUUAGAGGAA